AUGGCUCCAAUGAACCGCCCAGCUCCUGUGGAAGUCACGUACAGAAACAUGAGAUUUCUGAUUACACACAACCCAACCAAUGCAACCUUGAACAAAUUUAUAGAGGAACUUAAGAAGUAUGGAGUUACCACAACAGUAAGAGUAUGUGAAGCAUCUUAUGACACUGCUGUUAUGGAAAAGGAAGGCAUCCAGGUUCUGGAUUGGCCUUUUGAUGAUGGCUCAUCACCAUCCAGCCAGAUUGUUGAUGACUGGUUAAAUCUGAUAAAUGUAAAAUUUUGUGAAGAACCUGGUUGUUGUAUUGCUGUUCAUUGUGUUGCAGGUCUUGGGAGAACUCCAGUGCUUGUUGCCUUAGCAUUAAUUGAAGGUGGAAUGAAAAAUGAAGAUGCAGUACAAUUUAUAAGACAAAAGUGGCGUGGAGCUUUCAAUAGCAAGGAACUGUUGUAUUUGGAGAAAUAUUGUUCUAAAAUGCGUCUGUACUUCAAAGACUCCACUGGUCAUAGAAACAACUGUUGCAUUCAAUAA